AAUUAACAAUUCAACACAUUUCAAUUAAGAUUAUGUUUUUUAAGUGUGUGCUGCUAAAACUGAUAAUGCGGAGCUUGGCCACUAUGCUCCCGCUCGCGAGUUGCGAUUUAGUUGGCGAAAAUCAAUCGUUUCUGGCGGUCGCUCUUUGCGCGUGAAUUUCGCGAGCCUAUCUUAAAUUUCGUUCGUGUGUUUGUGAGAUGCACAAUAACAAAAAGUGCUGCUUAUCGGCAAAUCAGUUUGCAAUUGUUGUCUGUGUGGUGGUGUGACGCAGUUGUGCGAAAUACGUGAAAUUAUUACACUUUUCCCCCUUAAACCAAUAACCAACACUCUUGAAAAACCGCCAACGAAAGUGUUACGCGCUUCGUACGCCUCUUUUUUCUUGUAAUUAACGACGACAAAAAACCAUACCAACUUACCUUGACGUCAUUUUUUUAUUAUUAUACAUCGGACGACAAAAACCGUUUGUUGUUGUUGUUUUGGUGGCUGUUGGUGCUUGGCACGAACUUUUAAUCAAAAGUUAGCCAACUUUUGUUGUUGGCUCAGUGCGUAAACAAAAUACAAAAAAAGCUGUCGGUCGAAAAACGAGCGUAAAAUUUUGCAUUAAUGCAGUCGCGGCGUCGCAUGAAUGAAUGAAAUUCUUAGUGCGCGACAACUAAUUACAAAAGCAAACAAAAACACAAGGAAAAGAAAGACAAAUUAACCAUGGUCUACACCAUACCAUUUUUUAGCCACAAUGAGCCACCCGACAUGAUCAUCACCAAAGAAAAAAGCAUGGCUUGCCUGCAAGAUGAGUUCGGUCACCUGGGUCUCGCCACCACAGAUCUACCCUUUAAGUCCCCGGAUCUAGACUCUCCGCCCCGGAUGCAGCAUCACAACAACUAUGCGGAGAUCACCGACAGCAGUGCGGAAAACACGUGCCAACAGCGGUGGCCACCUCAUGUGGGAGGAGCUUCAGCAGCUUUUGGGCAUCCGGAUAAGCCAAUCAGCUGGAUGUACGGGCUACUCGGAUGCAUGAAGCCCGUGCUCUCGUUCAUCGGAAAGUCGGGUGUGAUCGAAGUGAAGAGUCAACGGAGCGAGGACUGGCAAAUUCCCUUUGAGUCUAUCACGGAGUUGGAGUGGCUUGGAAGCGGGGCACAGGGAGCGGUCUUCAGUGGCAAGCUGAAGAACGAGAUUGUGGCCGUCAAGAAGGUAAAGGAACUUAAGGAAACGGACAUCAAGCAUCUAAGGAAGCUUGAUCAUGAGAACAUUAUUAAAUUCAAAGGAGUUUGCACACAAUCUCCGGUAUUUUGCAUCAUCAUGGAGUUCUGUCCAUAUGGCCCUUUGCAGAAUAUUCUGAAGGAGGAGCAAGUUAUGUUGCCGUCCCGUUUGGUUUCUUGGUCCAAACAGAUUGCCCUGGGCAUGCAGUAUCUGCAUUCCCACAAGAUCAUACACAGAGAUCUAAAGAGUCCCAACAUACUGAUUAGUACAAAUGAGGUGGUGAAGAUCAGCGACUUUGGAACGUGUCGCGAAUGGAACGAGAUCAGCACCAAGAUGAGCUUCGCUGGCACAGUGGCCUGGAUGGCACCGGAGGUGAUCCGGAAUGAACCGUGCUCAGAGAAGGUAGACAUCUGGUCGUACGGCGUCGUGCUCUGGGAAAUGCUUACCUGCGAGAUACCCUAUAAGGAUGUGGACUCAUCGGCCAUUAUCUGGGGUGUGGGCAAUAACUCACUUAAGCUGUUGGUUCCGAGCACCUGUCCGGAGGGAUUCAAGCUGCUCGUCAAGCUCUGCUGGAAAAGCAAACACACCAAUCGUCCUUCCUUCCGACAGAUUCUUUCGCAUUUGGAUAUCGCCGGCCCGGAACUUCUACGAAAAACGGAGAAGCAAUAUUUCGAGACGCAAAAGUCGUGGAAGGAGGAGGUGCGCUCGCACCUGAAGGAAAUAACCCAGAAUGGCACUAGCAUACACAAGUAUGAGCAGGAUCUGAUUAAGAGGCGUACGGCAGAGUGGCGACAUGCCCAGGAUAUCCGUAUGGUGUACGAGGAUAAGCUGCAGAAGACAAACCAACUCUUCUUCGAGCUCAGCGAGUGCAUGUCCCAGUUACAGGAGAAGGAGAAGGAAAUUGCAGAACGUGAACGGAAGCUUCCUGGUAGUGGCUAUAAACCGACGCGUCGUUUGGGAAAUACACUCAGAAAAAUGCAACACUAUCGCCGACGACUGAACGCUCCUCCAGCGGGCAUUCAACAACAAUCAACUACGCCAGAUCCAGAGACUACGCCAGAGUCGCCUGUGAAGUGUGUCCUAUAUGCCCAACUGGACAGCAAUUGCCAGCCCAAAUCGUAUCUCGCCAACAUAAUCCCAGGAAGCGGCAUUGGCGGAACCAUGCCCAACAAAAAGAACUUCCGGCAUCGACGCAACGGCUCUGGAUCCUUUGGUGCUCCACCCAAAUACAGUCCUACGCGAGAUCGUCGCUACCAGAGCGAACCGGAGAACCGAAAAGUGCAGCUCGUGGAAAGGCAAACGCAAACGGAUGCCAUGGAUGUCAGUGAAACAGAUAUAAGUCCAAGCGCAGAGGCUCCGCGAUCACACCCCAUCGAUGUGCCGGUUCCGAAUCAUCGCCAACUGCCUCUGCAACUGCAAAGGGUACAGAAAAUUGCUCAAGCACAGGCGAGGGCUCGAAGUGGAAGCACGUCAUCCGCUGCUGGCGUCCAGAACCCUGCUAGUCCGUCGAAUGGUAACUCUCUUAGUACCAGCGAGUUAACCUAUCAGGAUGCCUGCUCUAGCCCCGAUCAGCUAAUCGACGAUGUGAUGAACAGCAACGAAAGAUUGGACAUGACCGAAUGCUGCAGCGACAACGAAAACCUGGAGCGAUUGGGCCGCAAAGUCAUCGAAUUCAUUAACGAGAACCGCCUGUCCAUUCAGUCAAACACGAAUUCCAACAGCAACACGGAGAAUGGCAAUGGAGGAGCCUCGCCUGUAGAACUCCGGGACAACUCCAACAGUCCUUGCUUGAGUCGUUGCAGCAGCACGCAGAGCAAACGGCGGAAGCACCCACUAGGGGAUAAUCCAAACGGCAGCUCUAAUGCAAACGGCGAGUCCCAUGAACAAGAAAGCUGGUCGGAUGAGGAAGGCGAAACCACAGACUACAAAUACGCCCUUAGAAGAAGGAGCUUUGGACGGCUACCCAUCGCUCGAGGAAUGCGACCCCGCCGCAGCUACAAGGCUCCACUGUCUCAGAAGAUUGCCAUCCACAAGCGGAAUGUGGUGAUUGUCUCCGAUGAGGAGGAAAACACCUCCGAGUACAGUCACUCGCCCUCCAGUCAGCACUCGACACUAGAGAGCAAUACCGAUAUUGCGGAUAUGAAGAAAACUCAGGCGACACCCACCUCAACCAACAGUUACAGCGAACCCGAAGAGGAUUCAAGUGACUCCAGCGACGAGGAGCAGGGAAAUCGGGCGGCAAACACCACGAUUGAGGGCCCAGCUCUGCCAAUGGGCGCAGUGCGCAGCAGCGAUAUUAUAUCCAUACCUACUUUUGAGGCUGAUGGUGCCGUCAAUAUGGUUUAACCUUGUACGUUAUUUAGCCUAAGUAAGAACUCCUAAACUAAACCCGAAACUAGAGUUGUCCGCGUGACGCAGCAAAAACUAUCUCUUAUAUACUCAACGAGAAAUCGCCCCAAAUUGUAUGGUAUUAUCUAUGUUCAUGUCCAGAUCUGUAACUCCUCUAAUUUAUAUGUACAUGUGUAAGUGGAAGAUUUUCUCCGAGCGUUGACCGUUUCGGAGGUUUCAUUUCCAAUAUACCUUUUGGGUUAGGGGCAAUCUUAAUUCGUGUCGUACUCGUAUCACAUGCAUUUCCUAUUUUGCUAAAUAUAAUUUCGCAUUACUCCUAGUUCAUAUUACUAUUAUUCUUGUCCUUAGAGAGCUGCCUUUGUAAUAUAUUUAAAAAAUGCCCCAAUUGUAUAUGUAGUUUAAGUCAUUAAGUAUAGUUUAUGUUUUGAUAUUAAGAGCUUGAACCAGAACACAAAAGGAAAUCCAACAAACGCUCCCACAAAAACCGAACUACAAAGCAACAAGAAAUAGAAUUGGCCUCAGGCAUUAAUCAGUAAUGAAAGGGAAGAGGGAAAAUAGUCAGGGAUAUUUUUUAUAAAACAAAAUUUGCUAGAAUCUUGAUAGAAGAGCGCUUUUAUGAAGUGCAUUGUACGUUUAGUUUUAUAGACGCAUCGAAUGUAAGUUUUCCAUUUAUGCGGGAAACUAGCGAUAAACCGAAAAAUCUUACUUUCUACAUGCACAAAAUUCCAAGCUUCAGUGCCUUAAAGCAAACACAAAAAAAGAUAAUAUGUUUUGGAUAAAUGAAAUAACAAACUGGUAGAUUUAACCGCGGCUAUGAUAAGGCCAGGAGCGCUUUCUAGACCUUAUAGACAACUUAUAGAGCAGAUAACUAUAUAUUUUGUCAAAUACGUUUCGCCCUUCUGGAAAUCGUUCACACGCUGCAAAACGAAAUACAAAUUUAAUAUAAUUCUAUAUACAUACAUACAUAUAUAUAUUCUAUAUAUUUACACACUAGUUGGAUGUUUAGCUUCGUAAGAUAUGUCGUUUCUUCGUGCGCGACUUUUCUCUACAUUAUGUAAAUGUACUCCAUAUUAAGUUUAAUUUUAACGACUCAUACGAACUAGCAAUAAUAAUAAAAUGAAAAUAUGUAAGAACGCUACGGAA